GGUUUUUGGCAAACAUGUGUGUUUGCACGUUCGCGAACUGUACACCGUAGUUUAUUUCUAGCAAUCAAAUAUAAAACAUCAGUCUUUAACGCACAUGUAUUUCAGUAACUGACCAAUUAUUUCGCGAUAUUACUGUACUUAUGUAAAUACUACGGUAUUUACAGUAAAUUGGUUUGUACACAUGAAACGUGGACAAAUAUUUUUCAUCGUUGACAAUUUGUGAUUUCAUGAUUUGACUGCCAAUGUCAUUUGCUAAUUUAUGUUAUUAUAUUUUAUCCAGCAGUGAUACAGCAUGCAGUUCUUGUGGGGGAAAAUACCCCAUUGAAAGCUUUUCAACUGUUUAAUUUUAACAAAUUACAAAAAUAUAAAAUAAGUGAAAUUGAUAAUAGUUAAUACUGAGAAAGGUAAUCCAAAAUGCCUUUUAUGAAAGGAAGAGCACCAAUAAGACGCACACUUGAUUAUUUAGAAAAAGGUCAGUUAAUAUUAAAAAAUUAUAUAAAAAUACUCACCAUAAACUACAAUCAUGGACAAGUGGCAAGCAAAGGUGCAUAUGACUUUGUGUUUUGGCACCUACCACAACUGCAGUACAAAAACCCAGCUGUGCAGAUGCUGACAUUUAAGAAUACAACCCCUUCUCCAUUCUUUAAGUUUUAUUUAGACAAUGGUCAGAAGAUUCUGAUUGAUGUUGAUAGCAGGAGCAAAGAAGAAAUUCACGACCAUUUAAAGAGAGUUAUGUGUAAACCAGCAGAUGUUCUCCAGGCAGAGGCUCUGCUCAAGGAAAAGAAGAUGAACCCGGCUAAUUUCGGCCAUGGCUCGUCGCGCUGGUGUAUUUGUGAGGUGCCAGGCCAGGUGCCCUGUCCUGCUUGGGUGCCUGUGGAGAAGGAAAUGCGUGGUAAAUACAAGUUCCAGCGCAAAGAUGUCGAAGAGGACGCUGCAUAACAGGGAGGAUAACUUUUAUAAGAUGUUUUACCUAACAGUGUAAUACUAGAUGGAACACUUGCUGAAGGAGGGGAGAGAAGUCAUUUCAUUGAAACAUUCGACCUAUAUGUAAUACAGGACGGAACACCUGCUGAAUAAGGGGAGAGAACUCCAUUGAAGAAGUUGAUCUAUCAGUGUAAUAGAAGAUAUGCUAAUUCAUUAAAAUAGGUUGACUUUAAAAGGAGAAGACACACUGCCUAAGAGGGGAGAACUCUUCAUUGCAAGAAGUUUAACGUGUAAAACAAGCAACACUCUGAAUAGGGAGCUAACUCCUCAUUGUAUGACAAGAAGUUUAACCUAUUUGUGUAUCAGCAGAAAAAAUAGCAGAUAAUUUUUAGUAAAUUCAUUAUAAAAAUUUGAUUUAUCAGUGUACUAAUAGAAGUGACAAUUAACCAAAAUGUGAACUACAUUUUUUUCCCAUUACACUACUCAUUAAAAAAAUUCCAUUUUCAAUAGGUGUUUACUACAUUUCAUAUUUAUUAUUGUCUAAAAUUGCAUACAUGUAUAAAAUAUACAUAUGAGCACAAUUUUGCUAUACCUAGUAGGACAUGUAUUUUAGAUUUGAGAUUGUCAAAUAAAAUGUGUAUUUUACAGUA